CUCCAUUUGUUGUGAAAUUGCGCCGGUUUUAAUAGAGAAGCUGAAAUAAUAAUAUUAUUGCAAUAAGAUGGCUUCAAAUAAGGAGUGUCUCAUAAUUGUUUUGGAUGUGCGGCAAUGUGCCAGCGAAGAAUUUAAAUUGAAGUCAGUAAAGUGCAUUGCAGAAAUUAUCAAGGACAAGAUUGUAGGCAGUAGAAAGGACUAUGUGUCCUUUGUGCUCGUGGGCGCUGAGCGCACUAUGAACGAUUUAAACGAGAAAGAUGAGAACGCUUGCCUGAAUGUUGUGCAGUAUCCUUGUACGCAGCUGUGCACCUGGCAGCUACUGCUCAGCUUUUACAAAUUUAUUAAUGAAACGAGCUCUGAUGAAGGCCAGUGGCUGGACGGUCUAGCUGUAGCUAUGUCCUUGCAGGAGCAAGCGGUUGUUCUCAAAUGUCAGCGGCAGCGUAUAUUACUUUUCUUUGACUUUAACCACAUGCCACAACAGUAUGAAGACUACACGAACAUUACAAACAAUCUGCUUAUGUCAGGCAUUGAGCUCAUAGUGAGCACACACAACAUUGUUUACAUAGACAAUGCUGAAAACAAUGAACCGCAGGCUAUUUUUCAAGCAUCACCCAAAGCCUCAAGCCUGGAGCUGGAUAAUCAAAAACAUGCCUUGCAACUGGUAAGUCAUUGCAAUGCAUCGUUGUGUAACUUCAAGGAGGCACUAGGGUCUAUUUUUAAAAUAACCAAUCGCCGCCCCUGGGUAUGGAAUGCCAAGCUGCAUAUUGGCAAUACCAUUUCACUUAGUCUGCAGGGUAUUAUAGCCAUGAAGAACGAACGUUUUCUUAAGCUAGAAAAAAAGUGGGCCGAAGAUAACGAGCAGGUGUCGCGUGAAGAGCACUACUCCGUCAAGGGUAAAGAGAUCUCAGUGUUGCCCGAGGAACUCAUCGAUGGUUAUAUGCUGGGUGGCACUGCUGUGCCCUACGACGAUACACUCGUUGAACCAGAACCAGCUCAUCCGCCGGGUCUGCAUUUUGUAGGCUUUGCCAAGCGCAGCAGCAUUCCCGAUGCUUAUUUUUGUGGUGACUCCCUGUACAUGCUGGUGCAUCAAAAGGGCAACACCACAUCUGCACGUAAACUGGACGCUUUGGUCAAGGCCAUGCUGCUGCAGAAAAGCGUCAUAGUCGGCUGGAAGAUAUACAGCGCCAAGCUCAACAAGCCACGCAUUGUGGUUUUGCUGCCGCAGGAGCCCACGGAAACGCGUCCCGCAGCGCUCUACAUGCUGGAGAUGUCGUAUCAGCAUCAGCUGCAGUUUUGGGACUUUCCCGCACUGCGCACAGAUAAAACAGAAUGCAGUACGGAGCAGCUGGAUGCAGUGGACAAGCUAAUUGAUAGCAUGGACUUGGAAUGCACGCUAAAGAAUUCACAACAGCCAAGAAAGCAACGGCAAAACGAUUUGCUGCCCUUUGACCAACUGCCCAGCAUACACGAGCAGAACGUAAUGGAUGUGCUGGAGCGCAAGGUGCUGGAUCAAAACAGGAGCGACAAGCAGUUUGAACUAAUGCUUAGGGACAAGAAUUUUGUAGAUAAGUUUUGGCGUGUACCUGAAGCCAUUGAGCAAACAUCCAAGCACGCUGCCAAAGUUGUUAAAGCUUUGUUUCCUUUGGAGCAGAGUCACGCCUGGCUAGAGAAGCUAAAGGCCAGGGAACGUGAAGAGAAUGAGCUGCCACCAGUUAAGCAAGAGCAGGAAGAAUCAAAUUCUGACAUUGCCAUUGAUUGCAUAGGUCUUGUCACUCCUGCCCAGGACUACAAGCAGCUAUUACAGAAAGUGCGCUCUAUUACAAAUACAACUCAAAAGGAUGCACAAUUCCAGUCAACGGCAGCGCAAAUGCGACUGGUCAUCUUAACGCUGCUGGAUCGAAAGAAAUUGAACCUUGUCGAGUUGGGCGAACUGCUGGACAUUUAUCGCAAGAGCUGCUUGGAGUUCAAUAGCUUUGCCGAGUAUAAUAACUUUGCGGCAGAGUUAAAACAAAGAGCAACUGAACGGGAUUUACAAGAAUUCUGGCGCAUCAUGGUGGAUCAACAGCUGGGUCCGCUGGUGUUGGGUGAACCGACGCUAGAUGAUGAGAUUCGGCUGCAAGCUUAUUACGAACUUGUGUUUCCAAAGAUGGAGGAGGACGAUGACGUACUUUAAAUUGAUUAACAUAAUAUUUAAAUA